GCAGCCAUUGGGGAAGUGUACUGGGCUUAAACGUAACUGAAGAGGGUUCUCUCUCACUGGAAUUAAAUCGCCAAAGUAAAAAGCGAAGAGGAAACACAUUCCAGUUCCACCACAGACAUUCAGUGACUCCUUAUCUUUGCUUGAAAAAACCCCAAAGGACUUAUUUUGACCAAGUCUUCGAGCAAGUUUGGAAAGGCGCACAGCGGAGACGAUACAGCUGAGCUACCAGCUACUACACGCUAAGCGGCACUGCUAGCCACAUUGCUAACUGGAGCUCUGAAGUACAGCUUGUGGGCUGUCAACUUGCUUUCAGAACACGGAGCUUGAAAUCCACUCACACGGUCAGGCUCGGCGAAAAAACCCAGGGACUUGCUUCAUGAAUUAUGUCUGCCGCAAGCAUUGACCCUCAGCGAUCAAAGGGACAAGCAUCUAAAGUGCAAAAUGGUUCACUACAUCAGAAGGAGACUGUCCAUGACAAUGACUUUGAGCCAUAUCUCACCAGUCAAUCAACUCAGAACAACAGCUACCAGUCCAUCACCGACCCUUACCUUUCCAGUUACUACGCUCCCUCCAUCGGCUUUCCGUACCCCCUCAGUGAGGCUCCUUGGUCCACAGGUGGCGACCCCCCAAUUCCAUACCUCACUCCCUAUGGACCCUUGAGUAAUGGAGACCAUCAUUUCAUGCCGGACACAGUAUUUGGCCAGCCGGGGGGCUUGGGAAGCAGCAUUUACCCCCACAGGUUUAAUUUUUUCCCAGAAAACCCCGCCUUCUCUGCUUGGGGCACAAGUGGCUCCCAGGGCCAGCAGACUCAAAGUUCAGCCUACGGUGGCAGCUAUAGCUACCCUCCCAGCUCCCUUGGGGGCACCCUGGUGCCUGAUGGUCAGACUGGCUUUCACAGUGACACACUCAACAAAGCUCCUGGUAUGAACAGCCUGGAGCAGGGCAUGGUUGGUUUGAAGAUUGGAGGGGAUGUCACUGGCCCGGGUUCAGGAGUGAAGGCUGUUGGGUCAGUGAUUGGUGGGCAAGCUGUGGCAGCCACAGGGAAUGGGGCCACACCCAUCGGAAUGCCCCCACCGAAACCCACGUCUUGGGCUGCUAUUGCCAGCAAGCCUGCCAAGCCACAACAGCUAAAAGCUAAGGUGAAGCCAGGGUUGGCCAAUCCAGGGGGAGCUUUGCCCCCACCUCCAAUCAAACACAACAUGAACAUUGGCACAUGGGAAAAGGGACCAGUAACUAAAAUCGCCACGGCCCCCCUGCAACAACAGCAGCAGCCUCUCGGUCUUCCUCAUGCCAUGCAACAUCAAGCCCCCAUGCAGCAAGGACCCAUGCAGCCUCCCCCUCCUCAUUCUUUGGUACAGCCUCAGAUACAACCCAUUGCCUUACAGCCUCAGCCCCCCCAUCACCAGCACCAUCAGCCACCUCCUCAGCCCUACCAAAACCACACCCAGCCCCCGCAACCCCAGACUCGCUGGGUGGCCCCACGCAACCGCAAUCAAGGCUAUGGGCAGGGAGGCCUCAGCCAUGACAGUAGUGGGAUGAUGGGCAUGGUUGGUAGCGGAAACUGCGGCCCCCAAAUCUGUUCCAGCCAGGGACCUGGUGCCGAGUCCCAUCCAGUGCUGGAGAAGCUUCGUGCCUCCCACAGCUAUAACCCGAAGGACUUUGAAUGGAACCUGAAGAAUGGACGCGUUUUCAUCAUUAAGAGUUACUCUGAGGACGACAUCCAUCGCUCCAUCAAGUACUCAAUCUGGUGCAGCACAGAGCACGGCAACAAGCGACUAGACUCAGCCUUCCGGGCAAUGAAUGGUAAAGGCCCUGUGUAUUUGCUAUUUAGUGUCAAUGGCAGUGGUCAUUUUUGCGGCGUGGCAGAGAUGCGUUCACCAGUGGACUACGGCACCAGUGCUGGUGUUUGGGCACAGGACAAGUGGAAGGGCAAAUUUGAUGUUGACUGGUUGUUUGUUAAGGAUGUUCCUAAUAGCCAACUGCGCCAUAUCCGCCUGGAGAACAACGACAACAAGCCAGUGACCAACUCCCGUGACACCCAGGAAGUUCCACUGGAGAAGGCCAAACAGGUGCUCAAGAUCAUCGCCGCCUACAAACACACCACGUCCAUCUUUGAUGACUUUUCUCACUAUGAGAAGAGACAAGAAGAAGAGGAGGAGGUGCGCAAGACUUUUGAACCUGCUCAGAUACAGAGCCGCUCUCGGUUGGAUCAGGAGCGCCAAAACAGGAAUAAACAAUAGAGGACAUUUAUCUCUGGCUUGAUCAACACUAGGACACAAUUGAUUUAAGUGACAGAAGAACAUGAAAUGCAAACAAGCCCUUUGUUUUUUCCAAUUCAGUUCUGGAAAUUCUUUGCCAUCAAUGGGUUUGUGUGUUUUCUUUGCCCGGUGUUCCAUCCCCACCACCCAACACUUAUUGUGUGCAGGGAUUACCAGCUGAUUUAAUGAAUCUCCACCACCCACUUUAAAUUCAUUUUUUAAUUUCUUUUACACUUCUUAACAUCGUGUACUCUCACCAGACCUGCCCCCGUGCUCUCCACUUCUCAGCCGAAUCAGGGUUUGACUGCAUCAUGGAGAAAAAAAUCUGCCACUUUAUAUAUAUUUCAGUACAAUCAGGAAUAGCCAUGUCCUACCCCCAUUUGUCCACGUGGGGGCAGCAUUGCCAAGUUUUAGAGGUUUAACUGUGCCAACAGAGUUGGAGCGGCCCAAAGGCGAUGUGCUACAUGGAACUGUGCGAAAAUAAAACUUCAGUAAUUUAUCUAUUUUUCAUUACGAUUGACAAAAUUUCAAUUUUUUUGGCUUACUACUGACAGCUUUCAUUUCAGAAACUCAGUUUCUGGAGGCUUAGUGUUUUUUUGUUUUUUUCUUCUUCCUCUAAUUAUUAAUGAACCGCUAACACAGUGACACUGCUGGAAAAAUCAGGGAUAGUGUGAUGCCACACAAAACUGGAGACAAUUCAGAAGAGGAAUUGCAAAGACCUCUUGGAAAGAAAUAAGUCCUCAGCAACCAGGACCAUCACGCUUUUAAAUCAUAAAACUGUACUCUUGACAUCCUUCACCUCUCUGCUUUACUUUCUUUUAAUGUUUGUCUCCAACGGUGCUUGUGUUGCUCAACCCAGUUUUCGAGAAAUGUGGCAUCCUCCAUUUUAGAUUUUUAUAAUCAUCAACAUGUCGUGAUGUUAUUUGCUGCGUCAGAAGAGUUGUUACUUUUUUUUUGUUCCACACAAAUUGGUGUGGCGGGAGCUCACUUAUUUUUGACACCAUUCUGUCUUAAUCCUCAUUUUUUGUUCCCCCCCAAACUUGGGUUUGCUAAAUCUCUCAUGUUGGUCGUAAUGUUAAGCUUUAACGUAGGAGCCUAUAUAUUCAUGGAGAAAGCCUAAAAAUGUAUAACCUAAUAAUAACUGUAACUGAUUUACUGUGGAGUAACAAAAAUGAAAGAAAAGUGGUUUGUGUGUUUUUUGGUGGUCUAUUUGCUCAAGAGUCUGAAUUCAAUGCUUAUGAUACACAAGUUCCAACUGUGGACACAAAGUACCACGUCACCAACAGAUUGUGCGCCCAUGCAUGUCAGAGUGGAAUAUGGGGAGUUUGUACUGUUUGGCAGAGUGGUGAUUAUGUGUAAUGGUUCUUUGGGGACAGCACCCCUUGCCCCCAUGUUUUGGUGUCACUCACACAACAUCCAUCAAAGCCUGAAUUGAUUUUUAGCUUCUUAAUGACAUGUUAUGUGUGGGGAAUCUUGUUAUUUUGACUGUCGGACUUCAUACUAAUUAACUACAGUUAGACCUUGGCUUUCGUACACCCCAGUUUCCGUAUGAUUUGGGUUUUGUUGACAACUUUUGCUAUAAUAUUGCACUUAAACUGUUCCGUUUGCCCUGCACUGUAUCGUUUAGAGAAAUCAAAUGCUCAAAGAAAGCACCCUACAUCUUGCACCUUGCUGACUCACAGUCUGUGUAUUUUUUGAGUGUGACUGCUAAAUAACUCAUAAUGGGGGGCCAAAGACAGUUGGGAGUGCCAGUAAUUUGAUAAAACAAAAAAAGGUGAGAAACACUAUUGAAUUCGAUCUCUCCAGGAUGCCCGGGAAGUCUGCAUCAACAAGCCAUUCAUUUGUCAUUUCUAAUUGUUUGUUUGGCAUAGUGUUCUGCAUGUAAAACUAAAAUAAUUCUCUAUUAAAUGUAUUUUUGUUAAU